GGAGGCCUCCUCGUUUCAGUCAGCCCACACUUUAAACAGCUGCGACAACACAGCAGCCUCGGUGGGAGCAGGGCAAAAGGACAAAACACGGUGGCACCGGUGGACCAGCCGGCCUGAUUGGGACGUACGCAUCUGUCGUGUCUGUGCGCUGAAGGCAGACGAGCAUUUUUCACCCGGACGGUUUGGAUUGUACUUGCUGCUGUGAGAAAGGCCUUUGGAGCCGCUUGUGCAGAAUUCAUUGGAACUGAAGGAGCUGCAACAGACGCACAUAAAGAAAGAAGAAAACCUCCAAAAAGCGAGAAACCAAGGAACAUGGGGACGUGUCCAGUCAGAUGUCAGACGGACAUGUCAAUCCUUGAAAAUCAACCCGAAUCUGCGAUGCCAGACUUCCAGGACAGCAUCACCGUCUCUCUCAAUAACUACCCGACAUUUGGACACACGGAACUGACCAUGGUCAUUGGAGAAAAACUAACCAUCAUAUCAGAUGAUGGCGAUUUUAUGAUGGUGAGAUCAUCGACCACGGGACGAGAGAGUUACAUCCCCACCUCAUACACUGCCAAAGUUACAGACAGGUGGCUCUUCACGGGGCUCGGCAGGUACAAGGCGGAGGAGCUGCUCCUGCAUCCGAGUAACCAGACCGGAGCCUUCUUGAUCCGAAAUUCAGAGACACACAGAGAUUCCUACUCGCUCUCUGUCCUGAAGAGAACCAACCCUUCGUACAUGGACAGCGUGAAGCACUACCGCAUCUCCCGCCUCCACAAUGGCUGGGUGUACAUAUCUCCACGGCUCACGUUCCCCUCCCUGCAUCACCUGGUGGAACAUUACGCAGAGUUCACAGACGGAUUGUGCUGUCGGCUGACUCUGCCGUGCUUCAUCCAGGGCGCGGACACGGACGCCAGGCCCGUCCCCACAACUAUCAGGAGGCCUACCAUCAACUGGAAGGACAUUAGCAGGUCAGUGAUAUUCAAGAGGAAGAGAACAGAGUCUGGCCACUCUCUGGUGAGCGAGGGGCUGAGGGAGGCCAUCAGCUCCUACCUCCAGAUGACAGAGGGUCACGAUCACAGCUGGGACACUUGAGCGGAGACGGUCUGUCAGUCAGAGACAAUGAAGUCAGGCAGACGGAGCGGAGACACGAUAACCAUCCUGCCUCAGCUGCAGCACCGGGAAAGGCACUGGAAGAGGUCGGCUGCGUGCCCGCCCCGGUCUCAUCUUUAUGGACUGCCCUGGGAUAGCAGGAGGGCAGAGACACUACACCACAGGUGUCAAACAUGCGGCCCGCGGGCCAAAAGCAGCCCACCAGAUGGUCCGAUCUGGCCCUCGGAAUGAAUUCACAAAGUGCGAAAAUGACAUAGAAGACUGUGAUUUUCCAAUGAAAAUAACUGCUAGUCCUAAUUUGUCCAGUGUUUCAAUAAGAGAAGUGGAUAGAGCACAACGCUGCGACCCAGGAAUAGACACCAAUGUGCACAAAUUGCACUUAUUUGAGAUUGUUUAUUAAAUGUAAACAUUCUCCUAAUUUACUUGUUCUUCUUUUGCACUAAAACAAAUGGAAAAAAUACUGAUCCAGCCCAUUUAAGAUCAAAUUGGGCUAUAUGUGGCACCCGAAAUAAAAUGGAAAGUUUAACACCUCCGCACUACACUGUGCGGAGAUGUGACAAAGCGGAGACUGUACCAGCAAGAGGAUUGUUUUUGUGUUGCCCGUGUGUGUCCAAAAUUGGCAUGCAUUAUUAUUAGCCAGUGAGACCAUUUGUUGUUUUAUUCAAACUUAAAUGUUUCUCUUAAUUUAAUAACUUAAUGUGUAUAUGUAAUUUGAAUGCAAUAUUAUAUGUUAAUAUUAUUGCUAUAUGAUUGUUAUCAUGUUUGUGUUAUUGGAAUCCAAUGAAGGAUGUUAGCUAUGAGACGAAUGUGCAACUCAUAUAAAUACCGUAUAACUACACAGAAACAACAGAGUCUGUCCUAUAUUUCCUUUGGAACUGUAUUGUGUGAUGAUUGCUAUCUAUAAAAAUAAAAAUAAUGAAAAUAAACAAAAACAAAA